CCGACCGGGACUAAACAGAAUUUCUCCAUGCAUUUGAUCUGAUUUGUUUCUCCCGUGACAUCCAUUUGGCCUCCUGUCUUUUUCUCUCUUCCAAAAAAAAAAAACAAACGUCACCAACGUCACAUCACGACUUACUCCGCCGCUCCUUUUGUUCUUCCAUCUUCGUUCUUUCGAGAAGGAGGAUCGAGGUCUUCGGUGGGGAGUUUACUUUUAAUCGUAUUUUUCAUCUGACUGCUUUGGCAGCUCAGCUCAAGCUCAGCUCCGCCCAGCUCAGCUAGCAAUCUUGCGUCCUCUGGCAAAAUCCCUCCCGAGGUACAAGAGAAGCUGAAUAGCCAAGACACACACACACAUAAACAUCACGCAGCACACAGCACACGGCACAGCAACAACACAGCUGUCAAGAAGAAAAGCAUUAGCCUGGAGCCAUGCUGAGCAGCUCACUACGCAGCUGCAGCAGCUCGCUGUUACGAGCCAGCAGUCAAGCCACCACACGAUGCGCUGCACGUAGCUCGUCACGAUGCUACUCCAUCGCCGCCGCUCGCCGGCCUCUCGCCCUGUCCUCCGCCCAGAAGCGAUAUGCCUCGGCGCAGGCUCAAUCGCCCGACCCCAACGACAACUUCUUGUCCGGAAGCACCGCCAACUACAUUGACGAGAUGUACAUGCAGUGGAAGGAGGACCCCAAGAGCGUCCACGUCUCCUGGCAGGUCUACUUCAAGAACAUGGAAAACGGUGAUAUGCCCAUUGCCCAAGCCUUCACUCCUCCCCCCAACUUGGUCCCCGGAGCUACGGGAGGCGUCGUUUCCCCGUCAGGCGGCCUCGCUGCCGGUCGCGGCUCGGACAUCACCAACCACUUAAAGGUCCAGCUGCUGGUGCGCGCAUACCAGUCCCGAGGUCACCACAAGGCUCGCAUCGACCCCCUCAACAUUCGUGGCGAGACCAAGGGCUACACCGACAUCAAGCCCAAGGAGUUGACCCUGGAGCACUACAGCUUCACUGAGAAGGACUUGGACACCGAGUUUGAGCUUGGCCCCGGUAUUCUCCCUCGCUUCAAGCGCGAAGGACGGGAGAAGAUGUCUCUGCGCGAAAUCAUCGCCGCUUGCGAAAGGAUUUACUGCGGUUCCUACGGUGUCGAGUUCAUCCACAUCCCCGACCGACACAAGUGCGACUGGCUGCGAGAGCGCGUCGAGAUCGACAAGCCAUUCAAGUACUCCAUCGAUGAGAAGCGCCGCAUCCUCGACCGUCUCAUCUGGUCCUCCAGCUUCGAGUCUUUCCUCGCCACCAAAUAUCCCAACGACAAGCGUUUCGGUCUCGAGGGUUGCGAGACACUUGUUCCUGGCAUGAAGGCUCUUAUUGACCGCAGUGUCGACUACGGCGUCAAGGACAUUGUCAUUGGCAUGCCGCAUCGUGGUCGUCUCAACGUCCUCAGCAACGUUGUCCGUAAGCCCAACGAGUCCAUCUUCAGUGAGUUUGCCGGUACUGCCGCUGCCGAGGAUGAGGGAUCUGGUGAUGUCAAGUACCAUCUGGGUAUGAACUUCGAGCGGCCGACUCCUUCCGGAAAGCGUGUCCAGCUCUCCCUAGUCGCCAACCCAUCCCAUCUCGAGGCCGAGGACCCCGUCGUGUUGGGAAAGACCAGGGCCAUCCAGCACUACAACAACGACGAGAAGACGCACAGAACUGCCAUGAGCGUUCUCCUGCACGGUGACGCUGCUUUCGCCGCCCAGGGUAUCGUCUACGAAUGUCUCGGUUUCCACUCUCUGCCUGCCUUCUCCACUGGUGGUACCAUUCACUUGGUCGUCAACAACCAGAUUGGUUUCACCACCGACCCGCGAUUCGCCCGAUCCACUGCCUACUGUACCGAUAUUGCCAAGGCCAUCGAUGCCCCUGUCUUCCAUGUCAACGCUGAUGAUGUCGAGGCUGUCAACUUCGUCUGCCAGUUGGCCGCUGAUUGGCGUGCUGAGUUCCAGUCUGAUGUCGUCAUCGACAUGGUCUGCUACCGAAAGUACGGACACAACGAGACCGAUCAGCCAUCUUUCACCCAGCCUCUCAUGUACAAGAGAAUCAGUGAAAAGGAGCCCCAGAUCAAGAUCUACACCGACAAGUUGCUCGAGGACGGCACUUUCACCAAGGAAGACGUUGAAGAACACAAGCAAUGGGUCUGGGGCAUGUUGGAGGAGAGCUUCUCCAAGUCCAAGGAUUAUCAGCCAUCUUCCAAGGAGUGGACCACGUCAGCCUGGAAUGGUUUCAAGUCCCCCAAGGAACUGGCUACUGAGAUUCUCCCCCACGAGUCCACUUCGGUGGAUCAGAAGACCUUGGAGCACAUUGGUGAAGUCAUUGGAUCCGCCCCUGAAGGUUUCCAAGUGCACCGCAACCUGAAGCGUAUCCUUGCAAACCGUACCAAGUCAGUCGUCGAGGGGAAGAACAUCGACUGGUCAACCGCAGAGGCUUUGGCUUUCGGUUCUCUGGUGACCGAGGGUCAUCACGUCCGAAUUUCUGGUCAGGAUGUCGAGCGUGGUACCUUCUCGCAACGUCACGCCGUCUUCCACGACCAGGAGAACGAGGAUUCCUACACCCCUCUCCAGCACGUCAGCAAGGAUCAGGGCAAGUUCGUCAUCUCCAACUCGUCCCUGAGUGAGUUCGGCGCUCUUGGUUUCGAGUACGGUUACUCCUUGUCGUCGCCCAAUGCCUUGGUGAUGUGGGAGGCACAGUUUGGUGAUUUCGCCAACAACGCCCAAUGCAUCAUUGACCAGUUUAUCGCAUCUGGUGAGGUUAAGUGGAUGCAGAGGACCGGUCUGGUCAUGUCUUUGCCCCACGGUUACGACGGUCAGGGACCUGAGCACUCCUCCGGUCGUCUGGAGCGAUACUUGCAGUUGUCGAAUGAAGACCCCAGAAUCUUCCCAAGCGAAGAGAAGCUUCACCGUCAACACCAAGACUGCAACAUGCAGAUUGCUUACAUGACUACACCCGCCAACUUGUUCCACAUCCUGCGUCGCCAGAUGCACAGACAGUUCAGAAAGCCUCUUAUUAUCUUCUUCUCCAAGUCUCUUCUCCGUCACCCUCUCGCUCGUUCGGGCAUUGAGGAUUUCAACGGCCCAGAUGCUGGCUUCCAGUGGAUCAUCCCUGAUCCCGAGCACCAGACUGGCGCCAUCAAGAAGCCCGAGGAGAUUGAGCGUGUUAUCCUGUGCUCUGGCCAGGUCUGGGCUGCUUUGUCCAAGCACCGUGCCGACAACAAGAUCGACAACGUUGCGUUCACACGUAUCGAGCAACUCAACCCCUUCCCUUGGCAACAACUGAAGGAGAACCUUGACCAGUACCCUAACGCCAAGACUAUUGUCUACUGUCAAGAGGAGCCCCUGAACGCUGGUGCUUGGAGCUUUGUCCAGCCCCGUAUUGAGACUCUUCUCAACAACACAGAACACCACAACCGAAAGCACGUCAUGUACGCUGGUCGCAACCCAUCUGCCUCGGUGGCUACCGGUCUGAAGUCCUCCCACAAGAAGGAGGAGCAAGACCUUCUUGAGAUGGCCUUCUCCGUGACGCAGGACAAGCUCAAGGGCGAGUGAGGAGUAGAGAAAUGAACAAACAAGGCAUCGGAAGGGUUUUCUGUAGCAUAGGUGCGGGUUGCUCUUUGUGUGCUGUAUUGUAUAUCGUGUAUUAACGUGGCCUCGACCUCACGAAGACAACAAAGAUCGAGGUUUGAUAGAAGAAUAUCGAUGCGAGGUUAGGGAUGGGCCUCGUUUUCGGGUAAUGCAUACAUUCCUUUGUCAAAGAUCUCUCCAUGCUUCCCGUCUGCGUCGGGUAUGUUUAUCCAUAAGCAUUAACAAAGUUUAAUAUCUAGGAGUGACGAACAAAUAAUGUAGUCAAGCGAACAAGGGGAAAGCCAAUAAUUCGGGUGUUCGCUACCUAAGAAUCUAAGUACACUGCAUAAUAUA